UAUUAAAAAAAAAAAUCAGAAAAAAUAAAAUUACAGUGCUUGUCCUUUUCAAUCAUCAUAAAAAAAAGUGAAAAUUAAUAACUUUAAAAAUAUUAAUUUUACUCAAAUAAAAAAUUUUCGUAAAAAAAAUAAAAUAUAUUGUAUAUAGUUUUCCGUUGGAGACUGAAAGAACACAUCAAUGGUUCUUCAAGCUCAGUUAAAGCAACAUUCGAAAGUUACCUUCUUCUAUCUUACAUAGAUAAUAAACUCAACAAAUGCAAAUAUUUAUCAAGUGCUUACAAUUAGUUAUUUUCUGUAAAAAGAAAAUAAACGUAAAUAGCAAGAAAAAAUAUUUUGUAUAAAAAUAAUAAAAAUAAAUAAUCAUGUUUAAACAUAUUACAAAAAUAAAUUGUGUAGUGUGCCGUUAUCUCAAUAUUAAAUAUCUAUAAAAUUUAUCAAAAAAAAAAAAAAAAAAUUAAUAGACAAAAUUUCAGGAUAAAAAAUUUGAAAAAAUAAAGUAAGAAGUAUUGAGAUGGGACAAAUGAUGACAAAAAAAGUGAAAAGUUUAAUUAUUAUUCAAUGAAAUAAUUAAACAAAAGAAAAAACACACACACAAAUUGAGGCCAAAAAUUAAUUUUUCAAUCAUACAACAAAAAAAAAGUUCAUUAUUAUUCACUCAAAUAUUUAAAUAUACAUAGAGGAAAAACAUAGCGUUGAGUAGUGCAGAUAUGUUUAAUAACCGUUAAAAUUGAUAAUCAAUUUAGCACACAAUAAAAAUUAAAAAAAUAUCAUAAUAAUUAUUAUUAUAAAUAACACUACGAAUGAGUGAACAAGUGAAAAUCGUGUAAAAUAUAUAUUGCUACAUAUAUGAAGAACUGUAUAAAAGUGUUACGAAAAUGAUCAAUAAUUCUUCUUCAUAUUUCAACUUAAUAUUAUUAAUGAUAAUCACAGCGAAAGCAUCUAAAAUUACAGUUGUAGGAGAUGUACGAGCGGCAAUCAUGAAAAGAAAAUAAUAUGAAAAUUUAAUAAAAAAUACAAGAGAAGAAUACAGAAAAAAAUCUAUUGAAUGGAAUAUUAUGUAGACAAGCAACAUUAUAAUAAAUGAUAUAAUAAACAAAAUAACAAGGGCGCCAAAAUGUCAAAAGCGUCCACACCAUGUGAUGCAAACGGAGCCAAAAUUGUUGCAUAUUCCGAAAGAUCGCAGGAACGAAAUGAAUCGCGACAGGUACAAUUGAUACGAGAAUAUGGCUUCAACCCCCGUUCGAAGGUGCAAGUUGAAGAUGGAGCCUUAUUACCACGGAAGUUUGAACCGUUUCCGGAUAAUAUGUAUGGCAGACCGUUGGAGGAAAUCGAUCAGUUCAUUUAUGAAGAGACAUUUUGCGUUGUAUCGAAGCGAUUCCGCAAGAACUACAUUCAUCGAUUUACGGGCACAAAGAGCAUUUUCCUCUUUGAGCCAUGGAGCCCAACGAGACGUGCCUGCGUGUAUUUAGCAACAAAUCAGUUCUUUGAUUAUUUUGUGAUGGCUACCAUUUUAUUUAACUGCGUUUUUUUGGCAAUGAAAGAAACGGUAGAAGAGGCAGAAUUUGUCUUUUUGGCUAUCUACACCGCAGAAAUGGUGAUCAAAAUCAUUGCCAAAGGUUUUGCCCUGAAUAAGUACACAUAUUUGCGAAAUCCGUGGAAUUGGCUCGAUUUCGUUGUCAUAACAAGCGGAUACGCCACAAUUGGUUUAGAUGUAGGAAAUUUAGCUGGUUUACGGACGUUUCGAGUGCUGAGAGCACUUAAAACGGUAUCCAUUAUGCCAGGACUCAAAACUAUUAUCAAUGCAUUAUUGCAUUCCUUUAAACAAUUAGCCGAAGUAAUGACGUUAACAAUAUUUUGUUUAAUGGUUUUCGCGUUAUUUGCGUUACAAGUUUAUAUGGGUGAACUUAGGAAUAAAUGUGUCUUAAAUCUUCCAAAUGAUUUAAUCAAUGCUUCGUAUAACGAGUGGGUGAGUUGGGUCAAUAAUUCCGAUCAUUGGAUUUACAACGAGGAUGCCGAGCCAACGCUUUGUGGCAAUGUCACAGGAGCACGACAUUGUCCCGAGGGAUACACGUGCUUAUGCAUUGGCGACAAUCCUAACCACGGUUAUACAAAUUUUGAUAAUUUUAUGUGGUCUAUGUUGACGACGUUUCAACUGAUUACAUUAGAUUAUUGGGAAAAUGUGUAUAAUAUGGUAUUAGCUGCUUGCGGACCAAUGAGCGUAUCAUUUUUUACUGUCGUCGUAUUUUUUGGUUCGUUUUAUCUUAUCAAUCUAAUGUUGGCUGUUGUUGCCUUAGCAUACGAAGAGGAAGCCGAGAUAACAUUAGAGGAGCGACGUAAAGACUUAAUAGAUCAUCGAGACGAUUCAACAUUUAGCUUUGAUCCAACUAAUCUAUCUAUCAAGCAAUUAAAUAAGCACUCUAAGAAGCAUAUUGAUACCAGAAAAGGGUUACUUCUGGCGUCAUAUGGUCGAAAAAAGACGCGCAAACGAAAAAAGGGCAAUGAGAAACCAAAAACCGGGAAUAAUUCAUCCGGAAACAACAAUGCUAACAAUAAUUCUAAAAGUCGUUCAUGCACACCAAGUCCUUCUCCGAGUCCUCGACAUAGUUAUUCGCGCCCCGAAGCGUUAGCAUUACAACGUACACGAGCAAUAAUGGCCAAAAACAGCGGGUCGAUGGGAGCGAAUAACGGAACAAAUGCACCUGUAACAACCGUUUCAACGUCGAUCACAUCUGCAAUAACAUCAUCUUCAACGACAACAACAACAAGUAGUGCAUUACAAAACCCGAACACACUUCACCCAUUAGGCGUUCAUGUGCGUGCGGGUCAAUUAAUAAUGUCGAGUCGACAGGCAAGCUCUAACGCGAGCGAAGGCGUGAAUCGAGAAUCGUCACUCGAUGACUCCGGCGUCGUAGAUGAUCAUGAUGAGCAAGACAAUACCGAUAACAUACAAAGUUCAGUUGCUGCGCCGCCAUUAUCAUUGCAAUUAGCUACAAUUGAGUCACAACGUGAACUUACUCCCGUAACAUUAGCUUUAUCGCCGCGUGAAGUUAGGAUAAUAAAGUGCAAUGGAAAUGUUGCCAAACUGAAAAAACACGAUGUCUACGCUCUGCAUCCUGAAUAUCUUUCGCAAAUCGUUCUACUCGAUGACAUUCCGGAUCGUAACUGCGAUUAUUGCGUUCGAUGUUGUGUCGAUUACGCUGGAUGGUUACAAUUCCAAAAUUGCCUCUAUAAAGUUGUGAAGGAUCCAUUGUUUGAACUCGCCAUAACACUCUGUAUCGUUUUCAAUACGUUAUUUCUCGCUUUAGAACAUCACGGCAUGAGUGAAGGUGUUCGCGAAGCAUUAGAUAUUGGAAAUAAAGUUUUUACUUCGGUUUUUACAUUCGAGUGCGUUAUGAAGAUAAUGGCCUUAUCGAAGGACUUUUUUCAUUGCGGAUGGAAUAUUUUUGAUUUGCUGAUUGUUUCUGUCAGUCUACUCGAUUUGACUUUCGAACUUGUACAGGGAUUAACCGUAUUAAGAGGCUUGCGUUUGUUACGAGUACUCAAAUUGGCACAAUCAUGGACUACAAUGAAGGUUUUGCUGAGUAUUAUUAUAUCAACAAUAGGUGCAUUAGGAAACCUUACGUUUGUGUUGUGCAUUGUUAUUUACAUAUUUGCCGUAAUCGGUAUGCAAUUAUUUUCCAAGGAUUAUACAGAAGAUAAAUUUUAUCCUGAUCCCGUGCCUCGAUGGAAUUUUAACGAUUUCUUUCACUCGUUCAUGAUGAUUUUUCGGAUAUUAUGCGGCGAAUGGAUCGAACCUUUGUGGGAUUGUAUGCGUGCCGAGGAGAAAGAUGGCGCAUCGUCGUGUUUCGCUAUCUUUCUUCCGGCAUUAGUUAUGGGCAAUUUUAUGGUACUCAACCUCUUCUUGGCCUUGUUGCUCAAUAGUUUUAACUCGGAAGAGCUCAAAUCGAAAAAGGAGGAAGUUGGCGAAGAAUCAAAGUUGGCAAGAAGCUUUGAACGUAUACGAUCGUUAGUGCGAAAAGGACGAGGCACAAAGGAAAAUGCAGAUAACGAGCAGAACACAAAACUCGAAAAGCUCGUCAACGAAAUAGUUAUUAAACGGCGCGCCGAUAAAAAUAAGCUGGCACUUGUCGGAAAUCAACUUGUAAGUUUAGAGUUACCUGAAGAAAAAUUACGGGAAGUACGUUAUCAGGAUUUGAGAUAUUCCAGUCGGCCAAAUUCUGACUUAAUAAUCGAUAUUCCUCUGUAUGAUCGAAAUACAAGUACUCUCAAUCCUAUAUUAUCCGGCGGGAGUCAAGAAACGACAACAGACUCCGCUGAUCGCCAACAUUACAAUAACCAUCAACAUCUCCAUUACAACUUGCAACAAUCAGACAAUAAUAAUAGUACCAUAAAUAGAGAACAAAAUAAUGAAUUAGUAAUUAGUAACGAAAAAGAGGCGAUAAUAGCGCCUGAACAACAACAACAACAACGUAACAAAUUGCUACAUCAAAUGUCUUCCGGAUUUGGUACGCAACAAAGUAAAGACGAUCCUACCAUAACGGAAUCUUUGGAAAUGAGAACGAUAAAUCCGAUGGGCACGUCGCAAGAUACAGAACGCGGAUUCACUCCUGAUAUUCAGCAAUAUGACGAAGCGUAUUUGCAAUAUCAGAAGAGUUUGGUUAACAGAUCGCCAAGUUAUCGCAAAUCCAUUGAUGAUAUUUCUGUAACGAGCGACAUUUCAUCAAGUGCACAGAAUUCUUUGAUCAAAUCGCCGCCUCUUGCUGUACGUCAUGAUUCGUUGUCGCAUGCGCUUCCAAAUAAAUAUUUAAAAUCUCCCGCACCGUCGCAUCGCUCUAUUCGAAGCAAUCACAGCAACCAAUUGAACAGAAUCCCAAGCGAUCAGUCACUCAACACAUUUUCAAUUGAACAAGAUUUGUCAAACCAAAUGAACUUGAAAGACGAAUUGUUGAGUUGCGACAAAAAAGAGUUGUUUCAAUUUCUCAGCGACGAUUUUGACAAUAGUACAAACUAUUUCAGUGACACUGUUGGAUUUGGUAGCGCAAUGAUCGAUCCCGAUACGGAUAGUUUGAUUCUCAAUUCGAAGAAGGAUGACGUGAGUUUCGCAAGUUCGACACAUCGGAAAUUCUCGAAUGCGAGUAUUCGAUCGAACAUCAGUAACAUCUCGAAUUCGGUAUUUCAAGCGUUGGAGAGAAAACGAGGAGGAAGUUUGCCGGGAUCAGAUAAGGGCACAAAUAAUGGAGGAAAUGGGGGAUCAAAACGAUCAAGCGGGCUCUUUGGUAGCGGGAAUUCAGCUCGUACGCCAGAUUUGGAAGCUGUAGCAUUUCGACCCUUGCCGCACGACGAAACUGUCGUAUUUCGAAAGAAGAAAACAAGUACGGGAAGUAACGCAAGUACUCGAAGCGAAAUGGCAGCGAAACGUAGAAGUCUUGAAAAACAAAAUAAAGUAUCUGACGAAGAGUUUGAUGUAAAAUUGGAAUCGAAACGUUCGUUAGAUCAUUUAUCUCCGCCGCCUUCUUCCGAUUAUGUAAAUAUCUCACCGAGUCUACGAAGAAAAACGAAUUUUCAGAAUAGUUUCGAUCGAAUUAAGCGUCUUAGUUUAAUUGAACGCGUCGAAGAAGUUGUUAACGAACAAGAUACAGAACGACAAAUUGUGCGUGUCGAAAGUGAACGAUUGCCACGAAAACAUUUGUCGCGCGAUAAAUUGGAAACAUUGUCGUUAAAGAGCGCAAAAAGUCAAGAAGAUGUUACAACAACGCCAGAUGAUAAUGUUUGGAUGCACAGUAAACGAGGUUCAAAAAUGGCUUCACGUGCAGAUAUUAAAGAAUUUCAGCGUAACUUACCGACUGAAGUUAAAAAUACCGUUAUGAAAAAGGUGACUUUAAAAGAUUAUGUUGAGAGUUCCGACACUGACAGCAAGCAAACGCCGUCAAAGAAAAAAGGAGAAACAAACACAUCAGGUAAAACUUGGGCUAGUUUAGUAUCAUAUGUUGAUGAUUUAACUGUAGGGGGUCGACGAAAUUCACAAGGCGAGUACGAUGAUCCGAUGUCGUUUCCAAGCUUUGGGCACAACAAAAGGCCAAAAAUUCCUCAAGACUGUUUUCCGCAUCAAUGUUAUGAGCAAUGUCCCUGCUGGUUAAGGUUCGCAAACACGAGACUCGGGCAAAAAUGGACUGAAAUUAGAACAGCCGUCCUAAAUAUCGUUGAUACACCGGCAUUUGAGUGGUUUGUCUUAAUCCUAAUUUUCGCUUCCAGUAUAACAUUGUGCUUCGAAGAUAUACACUUAGAUAAAAACAAGAAACUAAAAGCGAUUCUCUAUUGGACAAAUCUUGUGUUUUGCGUAAUAUUCAUCGUAGAGAUGUUGCUGAAAUGGAUAGCAUUUGGUUUCACAAGAUACUUUAGUAGUUUUUGGACAAUUUUGGAUUUUAUUAUCGUUUUUGUAAGCAAUCAUCCAAAUAUUAUCUCUCAUAUCAUAUUCCUAAUUCACAUAAAAAUCACAAAUCAUAACACUUUUUUUCACAAAAUUUAGGUUUCAAUAUUUUCGUUGCUCAUUGAAGAGAAUGAAAAUUUGCGCGUUUUACGAUCUCUUCGAACACUUCGGGCUCUUCGCCCAUUAAGAGCAAUUUCACGAUGGCAAGGCAUGCGAAUUGUUGUUAAUGCUCUCAUGUACGCCAUUCCAUCUAUCUUCAAUGUCUUGCUCGUGUGUCUCGUUUUUUGGCUUAUUUUCUCUAUUAUGGGUGUUCAAUUCUUCGGAGGAAAAUUUUACAAAUGUCUCGACGAAGAAGGAGAAUUGCUGCCUAUAUCAAUUGUGAACACAAGAGAAGAUUGUUAUCGAAACAACUUCACAUGGGCAAAUUCGAAAAUUACUUUCGAUCAUGUAGGAAUGGGCUAUCUUGCACUAUUUCAAGUUGCAACAUUCGAAGGAUGGAUGGAAGUUAUGGCGGAUGCUGUUGAUGCAAGAGGAGUUGAUUUACAACCCGAAAGAGAAGCAAAUCUAUGGGCGUAUAUUUACUUUGUGAUUUUCAUUGUGUGUGGUUCAUUCUUCACUUUGAAUCUCUUUAUCGGAGUUAUCAUCGACAACUUUAACAUGUUGAAAAAGAGAUAUGAAGGAGGCGUUCUUGAAAUGUUCCUCACAGAAUCGCAAAAGCAUUAUUACACGGCAAUGAAAAAGUUGGGAAGAAAGAAACCUCAGAAAGUUAUCAAACGACCUAUAAAUCAUGUACUUGCCAUGUUUUAUGAUCUAUCGAAUUCGAGACGUUUUGAAAUCGCAAUUUUUGUUCUUAUCUUCCUCAAUAUGCUCUCUAUGGGUAUUGAACAUUAUGGUCAACCGCAUGCCGUGUUCUUCAUUUUAGAAGUUAGUAAUGCGUUCUUUACGACAGUCUUUGGGCUCGAAGCAAUUGUCAAAAUCGUUGGAUUGCGAUAUCAUUACUUCACUGUACCUUGGAACGUUUUUGACUUUUUGCUUGUACUCGCAUCAAUUUUUGGAAUUCUCAUGGAAGACAUCAUGAUCGAUUUGCCUGUUUCUCCAACGUUGUUACGAGUUGUUCGUGUUUUCCGUAUUGGCAGAAUAUUGCGAUUAAUUAAAGCAGCAAAAGGUAUUCGAAAACUCUUGUUUGCAUUAGUUGUUUCGUUGCCUGCGUUAUUCAACAUUGGAGCUCUUUUGGGACUCAUAACUUUCAUUUAUGCCAUUAUUGGGAUGUCACUUUUUGGGCAUGUGAAACAACAAGGAGCGUUAGAUGACUUGACGAAUUUCGAAACUUUUGGUCGAAGUAUGCAAUUGUUGUUCAGAUUGAUGACUUCCGCAGGAUGGAAUGAUGUUUUAGAAUCGCUCAUGAUACAACCGCCUUAUUGUGAACUCGAUAUGACGCAUGGGCAUAAUGGAAAUUGUGGGCAUCCAUUAUUGGCGAUAACGUAUUUUACGAGUUUCAUUAUAAUCAAUUACAUGAUUGUCAUUAACAUGUACAUUGCCAUUAUUUUGGAGAAUUUCAAUCAGGCACAUCAAGAGGAGGAAAUUGGUAUUGUUGAAGAUGAUUUGGAAAUGUUUUACAUUCGUUGGUCGAAAUACGAUCCGCAUGCCACGCAAUUCAUUCACUUUGAUCAACUAUCUGACUUUAUUGCUUCACUUGAUCCGCCUUUGGGUAUUGCGAAGCCCAAUACAGUAGCACUUGUCUCCUUUAAUUUACCCAUUUCGAAGGGAGACAAGAUCCAUUGUUUGGACAUUCUGCAUGCCUUGGUUAAGCAUGUCUUGGGUCAUGUUGAUGAAACAGAUAACUUUGCCGAGCUUCAAGCUCAGAUGGAUGCCAAAUUCAAGAAGCAAUUUCCAACUCGUAAAGAGUUAGAGAUUGUGUCAUCAACUCGAAUUUGGAAACGUGAAGAUAAAGCAGCGCGUUUGAUCCAAUCGACAUGGAAAGAAUAUUUGCGUAUGAAAAAGGAAAGAGAACGUUCGCCAGUUUCGGAAGAAAAUACACAAACAUCGAGUCCCGGAGCAUGGCAUAAUCGUAUGGCAAGUUUCUUACAUUUGCAAGUUCAUCGUCGAGGAACAGGUACAUCGAGUCGAGCAUCUUCGAGAAAAUCUUCUCGUGCAUCUGAUGCUUCGGAUUUGAGUGAAUUAGCAGGCCCAUGGUUGAAUUUGCCUUUAAUGAUGGUAUCAGGCGCGAGCGAUUUAGUAAGUACAAAUGGCGAUCAAACAGAUCCUGCAAUUACUCCAUCACGAGGAAGCAAUCGUCGAAAAAGUAUCUACAACUUCUUUUUGCGACAUCAAGAUGCCAUGGAUGAUGCAUUAGCUUCUCCUUCUGUUGUCAAAAAACCCAUAAAAAGUUCUGAAGCUGUUUCGCCAACGCCAAGUAUGAUAACGACAACAGAAAAAACAAUUCCAUCUCCUGCUCCUGUAAUGAAGUCAAAACGAGCAACAAGUUUCGUGAAGAAAAAGCCUCCAUUGGAAAGGGGAUUUUCAGCUCAAAGUGCAUUGAGACUCAAUAGAAAUCCAGUUUUAGAUGAUCCUAACGUACCAUCUGCUGACGUUGCGAUUACUGUAACAGAACCAUCUCCUGAACAACCAACCAUAAUUCCGCCUGUAGCUCGAUUAUCUGAAAAUCAAGGUAAUUUAGUGCAUGUCUUAGUUCAUCGCGAAAGUGAAGAGUAUCAAACCGAUGUAGAAGAUGCAAAUGAAACGCCUAUUGUUACGCGUGAUCCUGUUAAUCGCCAACAAGCAUCCGACAUAAAAAUGCCCGCUAACGAAAAUGUUCAAUACGAAAUUCUCAAUACGUUAGGUCCUCAUCCGGUAAUUUCAAUUCGUGUCGAUAGUCCUCAUGAAUCGCCGAAACAAGAAAAGGCGCCAUUAGAUAUUGUUGAAAGUUGUGUCGAUGACAUUAUUUUAGAUCCUGAUGUCCCAAUUGAUGUUACAGUUCCGCGAGAUACGCGAGAUAUUUUCUACGAUUAUCCGCAAGAGCAAGACGAAGAAGAACAAGAUAACACUCAUCAACAAUCAGGAAAUCAGAACCAUAGCUGACCAACAGUUCACUCAACUACAA